CAUUAAUUCAGCACUUCUUCUUUAAUUUAAACAACAUGGACUUCACUCCUCCGCCGCCGCCGCCGCCGCUGCCUUCGUCUUCGUCCUCUUUGCGAACUCUGGAAAUCAACGUGAUAUCCGGCGAGCGCCUGCGCCUCGGCGCCCGGAGAACGGCCAGGAACGCCUUCGUCACGAUCCGAACGGACCAUUACAACAGCCGGACGACAAGGGUCGAUCCCGAAGGCGGCAGCCACCCGUCUUGGAACGAGAAACUGGUGCUGGAUUUGCCGGUUCACUCCCGGUUCGUGACCGUGGAGGUGCAGUGCAGGGCCGGGUCGGGCAGCCGACCAGUGGGGACGGCGCAGAUUCCGGUAACGGAAUUCUCUGGUGGAUACACGCCGGAGAGCUACCUGCAUUUCUUGAGUUAUCGGUUGAGGAACCCCACCGGGGGUAGGAAUGGGAUUAUAAAUAUUUCGGUGAGAGUGAAAGCGGCGCCGGAGGGUGGUGGCGCAUCGUCGUCGACGGAAUUAUCGAGGCCGUACAGGGAGGAGGGAAGCUUGGCUUGCGGAAAGGAUUCUUGGGGGGUGGUGACUGGAGUCCCGAUUUGGAAUUGAUCAUACAUAUAUAAUAUGAGGCUGCCUACAAUUAGGAACACAACCAUCCCCUCAAAAGUGAGUCUCAAAAGUGUGUAUCUUCUAUUAGCUUGCAACUAAUAAUACUAUUCAAAGAAGAGGCUGAUGUUAGCCCUACGUGUGUCUUGUGCAAGAAGGAAUGUGAAGUAGUUGAUCAUCUCUUUCUAUAUCAUCAUUUCAAUAAGAAGAUUUGUGAGGAUGUUAAAUCA